AUUUUCUUUUGAAGCAUUUGAUUGAGUUUCACAAACAACAAAAACUGGAACAACAAACUAAUAAGAACCCUGAAACAAAAUAAUCAGUCACCCAUAUGAAGGUGAAGAAAUAGAACAGUAAAAUUAACCUUUCAAUCAUGUGAUUAUCUUAGUGGAACAAAUAUGAAACUGCAAAAAAUUCAGCCAAAACCUCAAUUUCCUAUUAAAUUAUCACGUUAUAUUCCAGAAAUUGGUAUUCAAUUUAUGAAAGCAAAAAGUACCACAAGGGUUAAGCGACAAAGGAGGAGAAAAUGGGCGAAUUUCGCACAAAGCAGGAGGCUGAAGCAGGCAAAAUUAUGGUGGCAGGGAUACAACAGGAAUUUUACCUAAUAUAGAAGUACUGCAAAUGCCAAAUUGCGGCUAUGCUAUCUGAAGAUUAUACAAAACCAUUUCCCCUACUCUUAAACCCUACUACCAGAAAAUCUCGAAAACGACUUGGAAGCCAUGCAUAGAAGGAACAUUAGGUUGCGAAGAGAGUACCUUUACAGGAAAAGCUUAGAAGGGAAGGAGCGUUUGCUCUAUGAGAAGAAACGCAAAAUCAAAGAAGCUUUGGAGGAGGGAAAACCGAUUCCAACUGAGCUCAGGAAUGAAGAGGCUGCUAUUCGCAAAGAAAUCGACCUUGAAGAUGAAAAUACUGCUGUACCUCGAUCAACUAUUGAUGACNCACCCCCACCUCCCGUAAUGAUUUCUCUUGUUGUCCUUCUCUUUAUUUUUUCCCCUGUUGUUGUAUGGAGACAGGAAUUGAAAAUUGUGUUCCCUAAUGCUCAGCGGAUGAACCGUGGUGGUCAGGUUAUAUCAGAAAUAAUUGAAACCUGCCGAGCUCAUGAUUUUACAGAUGUAAUUUUGGUCCAUGAGCAUCGUGGUGUGCCUGAUGGUAUUAUCAUUAGCCAUCUGCCAUUUGGUCCAACUGCCUACUUUGGAUUGCUCAAUGUGGUCACGAGACAUGAUAUAAAGGACAAAAAAUCUAUUGGAACCAUGCCUGAGGCGUACCCACAUCUUAUUUUUGACAAAUUUUCAACAAAGCUUGGUGAGAGGACAGUUAACAUCCUAAAGCAUUUGUUUCCAGUACCCAAGCCUGAUACAAAACGUAUUAUCACAUUUGCUAAUCAGUCAGACUACAUUUCAUUCAGGUUAGUUUCUUGUUUGUAGUAGUUAAAUUACUUAAAAAUUAAUGGUGUCAUACGAGCAGAAUGAAGCUUGUAAAGUGUAUCUUUGGCAUUGGCUAUCCUUAAACAAGUAGAUAUAUAUCUGACUUCUGUUUCAAUAGAUUGCACCCGACCAUGUUCUAUUAUUUUUUCUUUUUGGUAACAUUUUAUUUCUUUUUCAAAGUCCAUCAUUUCAAGGAUGUCUCUGUUAGUUGUUUCAGUCAUUAGAUUCUACACUUUUGUUCUGGCAAGCUUAGCAUAGUGAAUCUUUUAGAAAAUCGCUAACCUUUGUUUAGUUCUGUCAUGGUGGCGUACAUGGAUUUGCCUGAAAUAUUCUAACAAAUAGAAAGGUGGCAAGAUCCAUGAUAUGCACCAUAAUUCUGCGUCUCAAAAAGUUAAAAUAGACAAUACAAAUGGAUUAUGACAAGGCGUAUCCUGGUUAAAUAUCAUAACCAGGAAUAUAACAGUAGCUUUUACCACUUUACUCUCUUGAUUGUUUCAAACCACCAACCUCAUGGUUGGAGGUGGAGGGUCCUUACCACUAGGCUAUCCUUUGUGUUGUCAAAGAACCUUUUAUAUAGACCUAAGCAUUACAGGGAAAAAAAGAGAAGGGCCUUUUCUGAUUGGCAGAGAGGAUAGUUGAAAAGGAGGUUAAGUUUUGAUCAUUUACCAAAUAUACAG